AUGGCUGCCGCUGCUACUCAAAAGAAGGCUCUCGACGCCAAGAAGGCUGUCGUUAAGGGUUCCAACUCUAAGAAGCUCAUCAAGGUCCGCUCUUCGGUCAACUUCCACAGACCCAAGACUCUUAAGCUUGCUAGAACCCCCAAGUACCAGAGAAAGUCCAUCUCUCACUACGCCAGACUUGAUGCUUACAAGGUUGUCAAGAGCCACGUCAACAGUGAGGUUUCUAUUAAGAAGAUUGAGGAUGCCAACACUCUUGUCUUGACCGUCGACAACAAGGCUACCAAGACUGACAUCAAGAACGCUGUCAAGACCCUUUACAACGUUGAUGCUCUCAAGAUUAACACUCUUGUCAGAGCCGAUGGUGCUAAGAAGGCUUUCGUCAAGCUCACUCCUGAGCACGAUGCUCUUGACGUUGCCAGCAGAGUUGGUUACAUCUAA